AUGCUGUGGCUGCUGAGAACAAUGUGCCUUAUCCAUGUGCUUGGAAAAAUAUUUUGUUUAAUUGGACAAAACAAGAAUCCUGAAUCUAACAUGAAUGUUAGUCAGAUUAUUAAACACUGGGAAUAUCCAAGCGAAGAAUAUGAGGUUGUGACUGAUGAUGGUUACAUUCUUCCACUUAACCGAAUUCCUCAUGGGAAGAACAAUGCUAAUAGUUCAGCCCCAAAGAUGGUAGUACUUUGUCUCCCCGGCUUGUUUUCAACUGCUGGUGUAUGGGUUUCCAAUCCUCCUGACAACAGCCUGGCCUUCAUCCUAGCAGAUGCUGGGUAUGAUGUGUGGUUGGGAAACAACAGAGGAAGUACCUGGGCAAAGAAACAUGUGACGCUCAACCCAGAUUCUAAAGAAUUCUGGGCUUUUAGUUAUGAUGAGAUGAUAAAAUAUGACGUUCCAUCCAUCAUUAAGUUCAUUCUGGAGAAAACAGGACAAAAGCAGAUUUACUAUACUGGCCAUUCUCAAGGAACCCUAAUCGCUCUGGGGGCAUUUGCAACAAAUCAAGAACUGGCUGAAAAGAUUAAACUCAGCAUUUUAAUAGCUCCAGUACAUACUGUUAAAUAUGUCAAAGGUUCUGGGCGUCUUCCAGCUUAUUUCACUCCAACGGCUUUCAAGAUUUUUUUUGGUGAAAAAGAAUUCUUCCCUACCGAAGUUUUCAGUAGGCUGUCUCCACAUGUGUGCGAUAUUACAUUGGUUGAUGCUGGAUGCGCUACUGUACUGGGCUCACUGACUGGAUAUUCUCCAGAGCAAUUAAAUACGAGCCGUAUUGAUGUGUACAUAACACACAGUCUAGCAGAAUCAUCAGUUCAAAUUCUUAUACAUUAUGGUCAGGCAAUUAGAAGUGGUGUAUUUCAGGCUUAUGAUUGGGGAAGUCCAUCUCUGAAUAUGCAACACUACAAUCAGACUACUCCUCCUGUAUACAAUGUGGAAGACAUGAAGGUUCCAACUGCCAUGUUUAGUGGUUUAAAAGAUUUUUUGUCUGACCCAGAAGAUGUUGCAAAUUUGGUACCCAAAAUCUCCAACCUCACAUACCAUAAGAUUAUUUCUGAUUUUAGUCAUCUUGAUUUUAUAACGGGAUUAAAUGCUAGGAAAGAGGUUUCUGAGGAAAUUUUAACACUUCUUAGGAAAUAUGAUGGUGAUAUAUAG